AACGGUCUAUGAACUUAAGUACUAUCAAUAACCAAUGAUAUUAUAAGAACAAAAGAAGAAAGAGUCAAAGAUUAAAAAAGGAUUUGCCUAGAAUGUUUCGGACCAAGUCUCUUAUAAUAUCGACUUUGUUGUUUUCAUUUUUCACUUGACACAGGACCAGUCGAACCUUUAAACUAAAGACUGAGCAACACGAAAUCCACUAAAAGUUGACUAGAUUACAGGUGCUCCAUAAGGAUUAGCAGAUUCUGCUCUACAUGCAGCACCCGUCUUGUUGGUCACGGAGUCGCUAUACAAUUCAGACGAUAAUGUCCUGGUACAUACGUCAAGCUUGUGGGUUUAUCAGAAAUAACAGACCAGAACUGAUUUAAUGAUAAUGAUGAAUAUCCUGUGUGCGUUCAUUUUACUUAUGUGUUCAUGUUUUGUAAAUAUAUCAGCUCAACUUCGUUGGCCACCUUCAGUACCAACAUGUCCAUCAUCUGUGAACUUUGUAUGCGGUGCAGAUGGCAACUCAUACCGUAAUGCCUGCUUUGCUAGAAGAGCAAACACAAGAAUAGAGUGUAAUAAGAAAUGCCCCUGUAAAUAUUCAUGUACAUCAGUAUGCUCAAAUAUUUACCAACCAGUAUGCGAUAGGGAUGGAAAAACAUUCUUUAACGAAUGCUAUGCAAGAUGUGCAUUUGCUAUAGUAAAGUGUCAAAGUCGAUGUCCUUGCGAUACAUCUUGCAUAUCCUUCUGUAAAGACACUUAUAAACCAAUUUGUGGAAGCGACGGAACGACCUACAACAACGAAUGUUUGGCUAGAUGUGCAGGUGUGACCAUAAAAUGUGAAAAACCCUGCCCAUGUGAAUUGUGCAAAUGCCCUGAGCUACCAUUUCCAGUGUGUGGUGCUGAUAAUAUACAAUAUAAAAAUAUGUGCUUUGCUAAAUGCGCAAAUGUGGAUGUGUCUUGUAUUCCCAGUUGUCCAUGUUGAUGAUGGUAGGGACAGGAUGAAAUUAUAUAAUGAAUUGAUUUUUACACUCUAUUGGUAUUAUGGUUAAUAA